AUGACUCCACCACCAGCUGUCUGUUCAAGAAACCUUUACUCCUAUAUAACACAAUAUGUGGAACCAAAUGUAAGUGAAUCAAAUCAUAUGAAACAAAAUAAUGAUACUGGGGAUUCAACUCAAGUCGAAACAAAAAGUUCAGUUCCAACCAUUAAUUCAAGAAG